GCGGAACGAUGGAAUGUUAGUGCGCCAAAGUUGUCAGAAAUUCACAAGGCGAAUUGAGUAACUCAGGUGGCGCCAGUAAAAAACAGUUACUUUAUUUUCGCGAUUUUGAUACGUCUGACGUCAGCUGCGUUUGCAAUACAAAACCAACAGAAUUUACAUGUUUGUUAAAAUUCAAUGUAUGGCUUGGUAAUAUUGUGAUUUGUGACAUUUACACUAAUCAAACUAAUGGCAACGAAGUGUCGUGCGUUAAAUUGCUAAAGCACAAAAUAAUAUAAAGCCUCAAAAUUCAGUUUUUGCGUUUUUAUGCGGAAGAUGUGUGUGUGUGUAAUUUCUCGUGUUUAGUUGUUUCCAUUGCUUUCGCCUACUAAGAGGACGCACUUCACAAACAAGUAAUUCUCCUUCCUUUUGCUUGGUUAUUCAUCCGAUCUUACGACACUGCGAAUUCGGAAGGAGUAAUCGUUAUUCUAUCGUUCUUGAGACUUUCUCAUAGAGCGUGAAACACACAAGUCCUUUAUCCGGUGUAUUUCCACCAUGCGUCGUACUGAAUAAAACAAACAGAGAGUUUACAAGGAUGAUAGAUUUACGACGGGGAAGGGAGAGGAGCAGCGAGUUAUUUAUACACGCAUCAACAUGCUUUGUGUCCUCGUUCUUCUCAGACUAAAAACUAUAUCAAUUGCAAGCACCGCAGUGGUCGUUUGUGAACCCGACGGGCAACACCAAAAGCUCUUUUAAAUUGCUGCCAAAAUUAGUUAUUUAUGUCUGCUAAUAAAUAUUAAAAAUAUUUUCUCUUCCUUUAUUUGUUUUGUUUAUCGGUGUGUAUUAUUAUGAAGUAACGGUUUUUGGAAGGCGCCGCUUUCGGUAUUCUAUUCGCCUCACAUAUUGAUAAAUUCGCCUUGAUUAUACGAUACUGCAAAAAAAUAGAUAACAAGGACAAAACUCGGAAAAGUAUCGAGUACUAACAAGUACCGGUAUCGAGGAAUCACAAGUUAUGCGCUUGGCACUACUUCAGUUGAAGGUCGGAAAGGACAAAAUUGCGAAUGUACAGAAUGCUGUCGACAAGGUUGCGCAAGCGGUCUGCGUACACAAACCUCGUAUGGUGACUUUGCCCGAAUGUUUUAAUUGUCCCUAUGGCACCAAAUACUUCAGAGAGUACUCUGAAACGAUACCUGAUGGAUAUACCUCGAAACAAUUAUCUGCUGCCGCAGAAACUCAUGGUGUUUAUAUUGUCGGUGGUACUAUACCGGAAUUGGGUGAAAAUGGUAAUAUUUACAAUACCUGUACGGUGUGGGACCCUAGUGGAAAAUUGAUUGCAAAAUACCGUAAAAUGCAUCUCUUCGACAUCGAUGUUAAAGGGGGAAUCCGCUUUAAGGAAUCAGAUACUCUAACUGCUGGCUCAAAUUUUACAGUGAUAGAGGUAGAUGGUCACAAGAUUGGCAUUGGUAUUUGCUAUGAUAUACGUUUUGAAGAGUUGGCGAGAAUAUAUCGUAACGAAGGUUGUGAGAUGUUAAUAUAUCCCGGUGCAUUUAAUAUGACUACUGGACCCCUACAUUGGGAACUAUUACAACGGGCACGUGCCAACGACAAUCAGUUGUAUGUUGUAACAACUUCACCUGCUCGUGAUAAAGACGCUGAAUAUAUAGCUUGGGGUCAUUCAAUGGUAGUAGAUCCAUGGGCACAAGUUUUAAAAAGCGCCAAUGAUGGUGAAGAGACAGUGGCUGUUGAUAUUAACUUUGCAUUGGUGGAACAAGUUCGUGCGCAAAUUCCGACGUUCAGGCAACGCCGCUUAGACUUAUAUGCAACAAAAAUUGUGAAUUAUAAUAAUUUUACAUAAUGUCAAUGGAUUUUUUCACGUUUAUGAAUGAAGCAGUUGAAGUUUUUAAUAAAAUUACAGCUUAACUGUCUAUAAUAUACAUUUACUAUAAUA